UAAACCAUUAAACUUUAAAUAGGUCUUUAAACUUUCAAUUUGAUGUCUAGUACAUUCUCGACAUAUAAAUUUUUUCUACCAAAUAUAAACAUUUAGUACAUCUAUAAACUUAAAAAAAAAAAAAACAUGGAAGAGCUAAUAACACAGUAAAACACGAAAUUCAAAAUUCAAAAAUUUAUAUUACGCAUUGAAGAACAAAAAGUCAACGGAAAUGACCUACACAGAGCACAAAAUAUCUCCCUCGAGAGUUAGUUACCUCUAAAUUUUUCUUUCAGAUUCGGAAAAUCCCAUCAGAUCCAUCCAAUGCAGAGAUUUCCAAUUUCAACUUUAAUUUUCCGACCUUCUCGGAGACCCAUUUGGCAGCCGUCUCUUCCAAAACGCUCCGUCGCCGUCGCAGUUCCGGCCGCCGCCGUCUUCCUCCUCGCCGCCCUCUCCGUCGCCGUCAUAAUUUCCUCCGCUCGCCUCCAAUCCACUCUGUUUUCCACUAACUUUCUCGGGAACCAAACAGAAAAAAUCUCACCAAAAAUCCCCAAAAAAUCAAUCAAAUAUUACCCACUUGACUGUUCUUCAUCUUCCACCACAAACCAAACCCAGAAUUUCGCUUGCCGGAAAAAUUACCCGACCCAAUUCGAACCUGAAUCCAACGACCAUUCGGGUCGGCCCAUUUGCCCUGAGUACUUCCGAUGGAUCCACGAGGAUUUGCGGCCGUGGGCAGCGGGUGGAAUCACGAGGGAGAUGGUGGAGAAAGGGAAGGCCACAGCGCAUUUCCGGCUGGCGGUGGUCGGCGGGAGAGUCUACGUGGAGCACUAUAAGAAGUCGAUUCAAACGAGGGAUUUGUUUACGAUUUGGGGGAUUUUGCAGCUUUUGAGAAAGUACCCAGGACGAGUCCCUGAUUUGGAGCUGAUGUUUGACUGUGAUGACCGGCCGGUGGUUAAAUCGGCCGAUUACCAGACUGCGGAGAUGGAGACGGCGGGGCCGCCGCCGUUGUUCCGGUAUUGCGGGGAUGAGAAGACGUUGGAUAUUGUGUUCCCAGACUGGUCCUUCUGGGGAUGGGAAGAGAUAAAUAUAAGGCCAUGGGAAAAGUUGUUGAAAGAAUUGAAAAAAGGGAAUGAAAAAUGGAAAUGGAUGGAAAGGGAAGGUUUUGCUUAUUGGAAAGGAAACCCUUAUGUGGCUGACACAAGACAAGAUCUCCUCAAAUGCAACCUUUCCCAACAAAAUGAUUGGAAUGCUCGCCUCUAUAUUCAGGAUUGGAUUCUAGAGUCUCAACAAGGUUAUAAGCAAUCGAACUUGGCAAGUCAAUGCACUCAUAGGUACAAGAUCUACAUAGAAGGAUAUGCAUGGUCGGUGAGUGAAAAAUACAUAUUGGCAUGUGAUUCAGUGACAUUGCUUAUAAAGCCCAAUUUCUAUGAUUUCUUCACUAGAUCUUUACAGCCACUACACCAUUAUUGGCCUGUUAGUGAUGACCAUAAGUGCAAAUCCAUCAAGUUUGCUGUCCAUUGGGGCAAUUCCCACAAACAAAAGGCACAAGCUAUAGGAAAAGCAGCAAGUGACUUCAUCCAACAAGACUUAAAGAUGGAAAAUGUGUAUGACUACAUGUUUCAUCUCCUCAACCAAUACGCCAAGCUCCUUCGAUUUCGACCCGGAAUCCCGACAGGCGCCGUGGAAGUUUGCUCCGAGACGAUGGCUUGCCCGAGGGACGGGAUGGAGAAGAAGUUCAUGAAGGAAUCAAUGGUGAAAACUCCCUCUCUCACCAUCCCUUGCUCCAUGCCACCGCCCUUUGAUACCCCUUCUCUCCAAAGGCUUUAUAGAAGAAAUGCCAACCUAAUAAGGCAAGUGGAGAAAUGGGAAGAUGAGUUUUGGAAUAGAAAUAAACCUUAAUACAUGUUUUUCUUUUUCCCUUUAUUUUUAAAAAAUUUGAAAUAGAAAUAGCAAAAAUACUUAUAGUUUGUUUAUUUUGCAUAAUGUAUUCUUUACUAUCGGUUUGAUUAUUUCAUGGUAUUUUAAAGUUAA